AAGAUCUCCAUCCUAAUUACUGCUCCAACAUGUCGCACACGGACAAUCAAUUCCCCCGGACGAAACGGAGGAAGUUGGACUCCGGCGAGGAGGCCACUGUCCAGUCCGACAUCACGUCUCACACGCAACUCCGUGCUAUCCUGACUUUCCAGCAAAACAUCCAAGAGACCAAACAAGGCCUCAGAAAGUUCAAGGAAUACUUGCUCUCCAUCCCACAGACGGAGAAUGAGGGCGAGAAAGCCAAAAAGUUCCGCGUGCUCAAAGCCUAUUGUGAUUCGCAGAUCGCCUACAAUGGCGAGGAGGCGUCUUGCUUCCCUGAUCUAAUCCAGGCCUGGGGCUUCGCGGACACUAAUAAUAAUGACUCCAUGUUGACGAUGGUUCCCUCUGUGCUGGCGCUCUUCCUCAAGACGAUAUCUAGUAAUCUGGACUUCCGAGACUUCGGAACGGCAUUGUGUAAAUUCUUGAUGCAAAAGGAGCAGCUAAGGUUUUUCAACCGUGGGUUGACCGCCACAAAGUCGAAGGAACAUUUGAUCUCCCCGUGUCUGCGUCUUCUUACCGAGGUGGUCAGCUUCGAUGGAGGUGCCGUUGCCCGUCUAGUCUACGGGGCGCGCUAUAUCACUUUCAAGCGCCUUGAGGUGUUCUUGACCCCGAACAAAGCUCAGCUGGAAGAGGCCUCCGAUGAUGCGCAGAAGUCGACUUUGCGUCGCAAUGCUCAGAGAUUUGUCCUGGCGAACUUGCGAGUCCAGCACACAACCGCUAAAAGCGACAUCGUCGAGCAAAGUAAACUCAUGAGAGCAUUCUUCGAGCACAUCCGAAAGGACCCGCGAGACAUUGUCAUCGACGUGAUCAAGGCUGUUGAUCGCGAUAUCGUUCAGGAUGCUUCGCUUCCCCGGAACUCCAAGAAGCUGUUCUUCAGCCGUUGGAAUUUGGAGCGACUGGUGACUUUGUAUGGUUACGAUCGAGAGUCCGAGGAUCCCAAUCCCACAGGGUUCUCUGUCGCGAAUGAGAUUCACAAGAUCUUGAUGAACAUCUGCACCAAGACUGAGCUCGGCGUGUUGCUACCGGAAACAGGCUGGUACCCUAACGGUAGCGACCCUGAAUCUUUGCCGGCGGAUAACGACGCGUCAAUUGAGUUGGGACUCGAUUCUGCAGUCUACGUUGACAAGUACCGGGAAUCCGUGCCAGUCCGCAACGGAGUGCUCUCCUAUAUAAUUCAGGCACUUCGCCCGGAUACGGACAGUCUUCAGAUUGAGUUGCUUGUGGCAAUCUUCAAGGCCGCGCCUGAGUUAGUGGCCGAUUUCUUUAGCAAGAAGAUCAUGUUCGUAUCGGAUCCGAAGCCCGUGCCGUCAUGGCUGGCCGAAUCUGCACUUCUGUUCUCGACGGUGAGUCUGCCGGUUCCGAGGAACUGCGGUUGGAAAGACAAACUGCCUCCGAUGCCCCCGGCGCCCUCGGUUGUAAUCGAAAACAUUCUACCGCGUCCGCUGAAUCAAAAGGUUCUCACUCGGUGCUUGAACCUGAACACGGAGAUCGUUACUCUCUUCGCUGUUCGUCUCAUCACGGUCUCCUUCAAGAAGUUGCAGAAGGUCCUGCAAAUCUUCAACUCCGACCACGGAGUCAGCCAGCCGCUUUGGAAACAGGCUGCGGGAAAAUUAGUCGCUGAAUUUUCUCGUCGGUGCCCCGUCGUGAAGGAUGUCAUUCAGCUUUACAAAAGAACCGCCAAGGAAGAUUUGCAACAGCAGGAAGCCGUUGCCGAAUUGCUCUCUUGUUUCUACGAGGUUGCUCCGGAUUCCGCUUUUGAGGAGGUCCUUGAUGUUUCACUUAUAAUGGUUGAAAUUUUGAAACGAUUUGAUGAGCCCACCAUCUCAUCGGACGACUCUGAACUGUUGCUCAGUCAGCUGCAAAGCAUCCUGAAGAUUGCGCAGCAGUCGGCAUCGAUCCGUUGGUGGCAACAACCUGCUUCUAUGCAAUUUUCUGCUUUCACCUCUGUGACGAAGGUCCUCGUGGAAGCGUCGUCCCAGGAAUCCCUUGGUGAUAUCUAUCGCCUAUUGAGAUCGGUGCUCAUUGAGAACUCUAUCCUGCAAAGUGCAUCCUCGUUUACCGCACUUUUGUCGAGCUUCGAAACCUCGGAUACUGCACGCUUGCAACACCAACUUGCGUUUUUCGACAACUGCGUUUGCCGCAUUGCCAAAAAACAAGUUCAUUAUCAAGAUUUACUAGGAUCGUUCACACAAGACGAAUCUAAACCUACCAGUUCUAUCGUGGCGGCUAUCAGUGAGCAGUGGCCAUUUGUUGUAAGAUCUGGAGACGCAGAUGCUCAAAGUGCCGUGUGUGCAUGGGCUGCUCAAGUGCUGGGGAGAUUGAAGCAGGCUGGGGAAGACUCGAAAGCGCUAAAGGGUGUUCGUGACUCCCUGGUGGGCGCCACCGAUAAGAAACAGCUCAAGUCCACCCUGAAAAAGGCACUGAAAGAUACAGAGGACGACCCGUUGGAGAAGAAGGGCCUGAAUUUGGAUCAAAAGGUCCCUCCGACUGUAGGAAGCGAGCAACCGCGCGUGGACUUACUGGAGAUGUUCGGGGCGCUUCCCGUCGAAAGUGACGAGCGGAAUGAGUUGCACAAAUGGGAUAAAGGAGAGCUGGAGGUGUCCGUGGAGCAGGGUCCAGUGGCGGAAUUGAUGGUCUGUUUGUGUUCGGAGCACGAGGAAGUGCGCCGACAAGCAUUCAGCAAUAUCGCUAGAUUCAUGGCUAAACUCAGGGAAUCAAAAUAUGCCGAAUGGCGAUCGGUCUAUAUCCUCACCGGAGAGCUUUACGAGACUGUCAAACUGCUUGGCCUUGAAUCGCCCUUGCCGUGGAUAGUGGGAGAAUGUGCUGCCAGCUGUCUUGCAGUUCUCACAAACCCCACGCACAAGCUCUACGGCAAGGUCAACGCUUUCCUCCAGAAAGCGCCUACUUGGGAACCUGAGAAGAUUCCCUCCUACUGGAUCGACAAGAUCUUGCUGCGGGAACCCGAGUUGGAUGACGGUCAUUUUGAAGAGACCAAUUGGCUCCUAGAUCUGUUGGUUAAAGGCCUUCGCACCGGAACUGACAUGGAAAUCUACCGUCGCGCCAAUGUGUUCGAGCGCGCAUUUGCUUUCUACGAGUCUCCCAGCACGAGUGUCUCGGUCAAACGAAAGAUUUUGCAUCUGAUCUAUCGCUCGACGCAGGUACAAGGUAGCACGACCCUCAUCACCCGAGCAGGAAUCGUCAGCUGGAUUCAAAGCCAGAUUCCGGUCGUCGGUGCCAAAGAAGCGUCGAGUUUUUCGGCCAUCACCAACUCCUUGCAUGAAUCCUCGGAUAAGGAACGGGUUGCCAAGUGGAGCGGAGGAGCCGUGGGCAAGGCGGUUGGAAACAUGACGAGAGGGAAUUAACUGAAUAGCAGAUGCCCAUGUACCGAUAUUGGAGUAUAGAUGAAUUUAUCUAGGCGAUAAUGUACU